GUUCUCUUUCGGUCGGUCGGUCGGUUCAUUUUUUAUUUUAUUAGUUCAGUAGUUUUCAAACGGUGAAAGACUUAAAAAGUUACAUAUUUUUAUAAAAAUAAAAUGUGCUAAUAGCUAAAUGGUGCUAUUAGGUUAGAUUUUUAGUAAAAUAAUGACCGCUGAAGUAAUGGCUAAUGAAGCGAAUUGGGAUCCAACCCUAGGCGUAGAAGUAUUAAAUAUAGAUGAGCUUAGUAGUUGUUUUUAUUCAUUCCCAGCCCUAUCUAAACUAGUUACAUCAUUGAAAGAAACGGAAACAUUAUCUAGUGAACAGGAAAUAGAUUUUUUGAAAACAUUAUUGGAAUCAAAAGAAUUAAAUGCCCUGGUUAAUGUACAUAGUAAGGUAGCAAAAGUAUGUAAAGAUGAUCGUUUAGCACCAUUACUAUCAUCAUCAUCUCAGGUGUUACAUGAGGUACUAGAACAAUUAUCACAACGAUGCCACAUAUCACCGAUGUGUAAAGAGGCGUUUCAUUUAUUACAGGAUCCGCAUUUGCAAAGCUUAUUAUUUGCCCAUGAUGCUAUUGCUCAAAAGGAUUUUUAUCCACAUCUCCCUGAAAUACCAAUGGAAAUGGAUGAAGAUGAAGAAACAAUAAAAAUUGUUCAAUUAGUUAAAAGCAAUGAACCAUUGUCAGGAGCAAUAAGUGCGGAACCAAUUGUUGGUGCCACAAUUAAAACUGAUGAAGAAACAGGGAAAAUUGUUAUAGCAAGAAUAAUGCAUGGCGGUGCUGCUGAUAGAUCUGGUCUUAUACAUGUUGGUGAUGAAGUAAUUGAAGUAAAUGGUAUUAAUGUUGAAGGUAAAACACCAGGCGAUGUUCUUACCAUUCUUCAAAAUUCCGAAGGAACAAUAACAUUUAAAUUAGUACCAUCAGAUGGUAAAUCAGGUCAAAGAGAGAGUAAAGUGCGUGUACGUGCAUAUUUUGAUUAUAAUCCAGAAAAUGAUCCAUAUAUACCAUGUAAAGAAGCGGGUCUUGCAUUUCAACGAGGAGAUAUUUUACAUAUAGUAGCACAGGAUGAUGGAUACUGGUGGCAGGCUCGUAAAGAAUCUGAAAGGACUGCACGUGCUGGACUUAUACCAAGUAGAGCAUUACAAGAACGACGAAUAAUUCAUGAAAGAACGCAAAAAGAAGCUACAAAUACUAAUGCAGAAUCUAAAACUGAUGGUUCCUGUGCAUCCAUUUGUACUACCCCACCUGGUUCCCCGAAUUUAAAUAGUAAUAGUACAUGUCGUGGACCAAAAACUAAAAAAAUUAUGUACGACUUAGAUGAAAAUGAUGAUUUUGAUCGUGAAAUGAUAGCCACCUAUGAAGAAGUAGCCAAAUUAUAUCCUCGUCCUGGUAUUUAUAGGCCAAUAGUAUUAAUUGGAGCGCCCGGCAUUGGAAGGAAUGAAUUAAAGCGAAGAUUAAUUGCAAGGGAUCCGGAAAAAUAUCGUAGUCCAGUUCCAUAUACAACUAGAUCAAUGCAUCAAGGUGAAGUUCCUGGUCGUGAAUAUAUAUUUGUUUCACGUGAAAAAAUGGAAGCUGAUAUUGCUAAUGGUAAAUUUAUAGAACAUGGUGAAUAUAAAGGACAUUUAUAUGGAACAUCAGCUGAAAGUGUUAAAUCAAUUGUAAAUGCUAAUUGUGUAUGUAUUUUAAGCCCACAUUAUCAAGCAAUAAAAGCCCUCCGAACAGCACAAUUAAAACCAUAUAUUAUUCAUAUAAAACCACCAAAUUUUGAUGAAUUAAAAGCGACAAGAACAGCAGCACGUGCUAAAUCAACAUUUGAUGAUACAAAUUCAAGAGGUUUUACGGAUGAAGAAUUCCAAGAUAUGAUAAAAUCAGCUGAAAAAAUUGAUUUUCUUUAUGGGCAUUUCUUUGAUGAAGGAAUCAUCAAUAAUGAACUUGGUGAUGCAUUAGAAAAAUUAGUUAAUUGUGUUCAUCGAGCUGAAACAGAACCACUUUGGGCACCAGCAACUUGGGUGCAGUAAAGUGUGAUUUUGUUUUAAGUCAUUUUUUUAUUUGUAUAAUUUUUAUAAUUUUAUGUUUAAUUUUUUCUCUGUUUUUUUUUUGUAAUUUUUUUUUGUUAAUAUUAAUAA